CACCUCUCUCAUGUCUGUUCACCUACUCUAAAUCCCUUUCUUCUCUUCUAAUUCCUUAACGCCCCAGCGUUUCAAUGUAUAUAUAGCUGUUGUGAGUGAGUGAGUGCGGGAGAGUGAAAAUUAAGCAGGCGGAGAUGGAGCGGCGGUGGUGGUUGCUGCAUUGGGGGCUUGCGGUGGUCAUAGUACUGAUACAAGGAGGUGGCCGCGUUGAAGGAGGAGAUGUCACGUACGAUGGAAGAUCUCUCAUCAUUGACGGCAGCAGAAAUAUUCUCUUCUCCGGUUCAAUUCACUAUCCUCGUAGCACUCCUCAGAUGUGGGAAUCUUUGAUAGGCAAAGCCAAGGAAGGAGGAUUGGACGUCAUUCAAACUUAUGUCUUUUGGAACCUUCACGAGCCCCAACCUGGUCAGUACGAGUUCAGUGGAAGCAAUGAUCUGGUGCGGUUCAUCAAGGAAAUCAAGGCUCAGGGGCUCUAUGCUUGCCUUCGGAUUGGACCCUUCAUAGAGAGUGAAUGGACUUAUGGGUACAGUUUCCAUUUUGGUUUGCAUGAUAUCCACAAGCAUUGUUUUCGAUCAGACAAUGAGCCAUUUUACAUGCAAAAUUUUACCACAAAAAUCGUCAACUUGAUGAAGUCAGAGGGUUUAUAUGCUUCACAAGGAGGUCCAAUCAUACUCUCACAGAUUGAGAAUGAAUAUCAAAACAUUGAAGCAGCAUUUCAUGAAAAAGGACCCUCGUAUGUUCGUUGGGCUGCUAAAAUGGCGGUGGAGCUCCAAACUGGUGUACCAUGGCUGAUGUGCAAGCAAACUGAUGCUCCGGAUCCAGUCAUUAAUACGUGCAACGGGAUGAGAUGUGGAGAAACUUUUAGUGGACCCAAUUCACCAAAUAAGCCAUCAUUAUGGACAGAGAAUUGGACAUCUUUCUAUCAAGUAUAUGGUGGGCAGCCAUAUAUAAGGUCUGCUGAAGACAUUGCAUUUCAUGUCGCACUUUUUAUAGCGAGAAACGGAAGCUAUAUAAAUUAUUACAUGUACCAUGGUGGAACAAAUUUUGGGAGAACAAGCUCUGCAUAUGUCAUAACAAGCUAUUAUGAUCAAGCUCCUCUAGAUGAAUAUGGACUAAUAAGACAACCUAAGUGGGGACAUCUUAAGGAGUUGCAUGCUGCAAUUAAAGUGUGCUCUGCAACUCUACUGCAAGGAGAGCGAACAAAUUUCUCUUUAGGUCAACAUCAAGAGGCCUAUGUUUUCCAAGAAGAGGAUGGAGGGUGUGUGGCCAUUCUUACAAAUUAUGACGUACAAAACGUCACCGUACAAUUUCAAAAUACAUCACAUGAAUUGCUUCCAAAGUCGAUCAGUAUUCUAGCAGACUGUAAAAAUGUAAUUUUCAACACGGCAAAGGUGAAUACAGAGCAUAAUAGCAGAAUUGUAGAAGCUACCCAAAUAUUUGAUUCAAGUGAUAGCUGGGAAGAAUUCAAAGAUGUUAUCCCCAAUAUGGAAGAUGCUUUACUGAAAUCCGAAACAUUCCUUGAGCACAUGAAUACAACAAAAGAUAAAUCUGAUUAUCUUUGGUAUAGUCUCAGGUUUGAGAACAAUUUGUCUUGCACCAAGCCAGUGCUUCAUGUUGAAUCUGCUGGGCAUGUUGCACAUGCUUUUUUGAACAAUAUCUAUAUAGGAGCUGCACAUGGAAGUCAUGACGCCAAGGGCUUCACAAUGGAUAUUCCAAUCAUGUUGAAUGAUGGGAUGAACAAUAUUUCUAUACUCAGCGCUAUGGUUGGGCUACCGGAUUCAGGACCUUUUCUCGAAAGCAAAUUUGCUGGCUUAAGAAAGGUGGAAAUUCAAUGCACUGAAAAGGAAUCCUACAAUUUGACAAACUAUACAUGGGGAUAUCAGGUUGGACUAGUCGGAGAGAAGCUACAGAUAUUUAGAGAAGAAAAUUUGGGUGCUGUUGUGUGGAGUAAAAUUGGGACAUCAAUGAAUCAUACACUUACUUGGUACAAGAUAUUUUUCGAUGCACCCACGGGAGAUGACCCCGUCACCUUAAACCUGAGCACAAUGGGUAAAGGUGAAGCUUGGGUUAAUGGACAAAGCAUUGGUCGUUAUUGGGUCUCCUUCCCUGACUCUAAAGGCAAUCCAUCACAAACACUGUAUCAUGUGCCCCGAUCUUUCCUUAAAGCUUCUGAAAACCUUUUAGUUUUGCUUGAAGAAGCUGGUGGAAGCCCUCUUCAGAUUUCCUUGAACAUUGUGUCGGUCACCAGUGUACGUGAGGAUAUAGCUUACUAUCACCUCCCUCGAUGAUUUCAUAGAGAAGAGAUAUAUUAUGAGGGAUGGAAUAGCUUAUUACAAAGUGAUAAUA